CUGCGCGCGACAUUUGAAGUUAGUCUGUGAGUUUGUUUAACGUGGGCGGUUCCGAAUCUGCAGCUGCCACUUUGCUCCUCGUAAUUUUAAAAAUAUUGUGUUUUUGUUUUUUUACGGACGUUUUUAAAAAUAGUUUCCAUCGCUGCGCACGGAGAGAUGGCGGACUGGAAGGCGCAGAUAAGUUACAACUACAACCCGUCGUACCACGCCUACGCGUACGGCCUCGUCUAUCAAUCCGGCCCGGAGCCGAACCACGGCAACCCGGGCGGCUGGGGCGAAGCCGGGGUCACGGACUGGAGCAACUACAACGCCGGAGUGACGCAGGCCUACUACGCCGCCGCCGCAGCCCCGAGGACCCGCGAGGAAUCGCCGCCCCACAGUCCGGAGCAGCAAGCCGUGAACGGCCACGGUCACUACCAAGCGACCGGGGUUUAUCUCGGCGACCCCCAGGCGGGCCGUCUGCCGCGGACACACGACGCCAGCCAGGCCGGAAGCGAUUCGACCAGUGACUCCGAGGCCCACGCGUCACCGAAUUCAUGGAGUUCUGGCAGCAGCAGGGAAGGAAGUCUCCCCCAGACUGACUCCACCACCUGGAGGAAGACUGAGACCGAGGCCGAGGAAAGGGACAACGAGGCAAGCUGCAGGAGCCCCGAUGCCAGCGGCUCUCAGGUGGACGAGCCCAGCACCUUUGCAGCCAGUGGGAACCAGGACACCAACACAACCUCUGUACACUUACCGUCCGGUGCCUCAAAGAAGCCAUGCACUAGCACCGCGAAUACCCCUAAGGGGAAGAUGAGGGCGGCCUUCUCCGAGAGUCAGAUGAGCGCUCUUGUCCAGCGCUUCAGCAUUCAGAGGUACCUCACUCCGGCUGAAAUGAAGAACCUGGCAGAAAUGACGGGACUGACCUACAAACAGGUCAAGACGUGGUUUCAGAACCGAAGAAUGAAGCUUAGGAGGCACCAGAAAGAUACAAGCUGGGUGUCUGAGCGCUACAACAAAGGCAGCCCCAUACACGGAGCCAUGUACGCCAACGGCGCCACGCACAUGACACCGUAUCAAGGAGAGGUCCGGCCCCGGCUCAAGGAGAAUUACAACCUGCAGAUGAUGGAGACGGCCUUCAAGAAGACUGCUCCCCAGAACAUGGCCUUCUAUCUGGCUGCUAUGGGCUCUGCCGCUGGGUCUGCAGGCUACCCCUCCUGGUCCCCCGGCGCGUCCCAGAAUCCAAUGCCCCACAGGCCCCAGAUGGCUUGCUGGUCCAUGCCCCCCGGCGGUGGCCACUAUGAAUACAACCCCAACGCGUUCCACCCAGCCAGCGCCACAACGGCAAAUAACGCAGGAGAGGACAUGAGCCUAGAAGGCAAAGGCGCGGCGGCGGUCAACAGUCACGGGUCUUUAAACACGUCCAUGGUACACAAUGGCCAGAGCUGUUAAGCGUUUCUGUGAAAGUUACUUUAGUGGUUUGUUUGCAACUAAUUGAGGUGAUUUUUUGCGGGGCUGGGUCUUGUUUAUACUCCCGUUCUAAAGUAGUUUUUUCUUUUUUGAAGCUCUAUUUUUAUAUGCAUGUAUUUAAUGUGUGUUUGUGUGAAUUCUUUGCACUCGGUAAUACAAGAUGGGUCCAACCUGGAUGCAUUCAUUGGAUUGUGUUUUUUGGAACCCUUUUUAAGGCAAAGUACUGAGACAGAUCUGAUGGGCACACAAGUUAGUUUUGCAACUUAUGUUUGAGGUGUUUUUUGAGGAUGGCAUCUAAACCAUUCACGUACUAUUUUUAAUUCAUUAAUGGAAAGUUCUUGCCUGUAAAUGUCAAGUGUUUAAUACAGAAUAUAUACUUGUGAUGUAGGUCAUUCCUGCUACAGCACAUGCAGAAGCUUGAAACCUUUUGGUUAAUGCAAUUUGUGAUAAAUUCUCUGUACAAGUGCUAUAGAAUACCCAUGUAUUAAAGAAUCCAAGGAAAUCUA